ACCAUUAAAUUUAAAUUCAGUUGCUUGAUUUUCAAAACACAGAACGGUCGGUCAAAUAAGAAAAAUAAAUUUUUCGCAGAACAAGUUGACGAUGUUUCUUAACAUUUUUAUUAAAGUCAUUAUAACUUUAUUAUUAUUAAUAAUAACAACGAUAUUUAAUAACUGUAAAUUAUUAAAUGCUUCAGAAUUGCACCACGUUUAUUGUAAUAAGGCUUUUAUUUUGGUGAAAUUGCCUUUGACAUCAAAUAAUUCUGAUAAUUUUCUUAAUACAAUUCAUUGGGAGAAUUUAUAUUCGAUGGCAGUGAAAGAGUGUCAGCCAUUGUAUAAUGAGCGUGAAGUCAUUUUGAAAGUUUUCUUUAAUGAUUUAGGCAAAUGUGGAUUUUUGAGAAGUAUUAAUAAAUUGAAGUACAAAAAGAAUAAUUUUGCGUAA